GGAAGCAAUGUCCCUUACCUAGUGUCCUCGGGACGGCUCAGAUAUGAGAUACAAGGAUGUUCUUGUUGAGGAGCUGGGAAAUCAUUUAUUAGUUUAAAUAGAUGAUUCCGUCGCGUUUCCAGGACGUCGGUAAGUGCUGUAGCCAUGUUUUCCUCUCUGGGAGCUGCUGCCUUCGUGGCUACUUUCACCCAGCCUCUGGCUACCCAGCCAUGUAACCACGCUCUUGGCCCUACCCAGAUCCGCCUGGCUUAUGCUGGUGAUAAUGGCAUGGCCGUUAGCUGGAACACGAAUCGGCAGCUGACCAAGCCUACUGUGUACUACAAUAAACAUGAGAAGAAGGUUCUCAAGCAUUUCGCUACGUCAAAGAUCUCCACUACCUACCCGACGUCGUCUACCUACAACAACCAUGUCAUCAGCGACCUUAAGCCGGACACCACCUCAAUACUCAGAGUUGUUUGAUUCUGACAAUCCUAUUGCAGAUGUAUUCUCAGACUCUUUUUCGUCUUCUCAACGACUAUCCUCGUUAAAUCAAGUCCCUCCAGGCCUUGAGUAUAUUGGCAAAUUAAACCAAUUCAAAUGGACCAAGGAUACACACGAUAUAUUCAUUGAGUGGUGGAAGCUAUCACGAUGGUAUGAACAACACUCAGAACAACACUCAGAUCAUACUACAAAACUCCUUACGAAGAUUGCAUGGGAUUCAACCAACCGGAGUUCUCAAUACUGGAGAAGUUAUCACCAAGAGCAGACCGGCUUUCUGGAGAACCAUGCGUCAUUUGUACUUAUUGUUCGAAGGCCCUUACGCAUCCUCCAAUCAAGUCUGCUGGCCCAAAGUCUAUGGCAACACAUCUUGCAUCAGACAUUUGCAAAAAGAAGUCACGGAUGGGUAAGGAUAGUCUCUAUCAAAUGCGAAUCAAUCAAAUGCGACCUCAACAAGAUCAUAUUCUCACACAAGAGAUAUUUUAUGAACAAGUUCUAUACACAGUUAUCUCGACUCAUAGCUCGUUCUGCUCAGUCGAGGAUCCUCACCAAGACCCUAUAAAUACUUUAGGUAUUAGUAGGUCUGGCCAGCCUCAUCAAGCAAGGUGGAGGGAUGUUCUUAAGCAUAUAUAAUAGCAGGUGGAGG